AUGCCUCCAGGACUGAGUGAAACACUCACAAGUUCUGAGACGGUCGCGCUGGAGCCGAAGGAACACACUGGGAGGACGCUCAUUCUCUGUUUUGACGGAACCUCAAAUUGUUAUGAUCAAAAGAAUACUAAUGCUAUGCGACUUUUCACGUGCUUUGAGAAAGGAGAGCCUCAACAGCUUGUGUAUUACCAGACUGGAGUUGGCACGACUACGAAAUCACGCCUUCCGACACGGUUCGGCACAUGGUUUUCGAAGAUGAUCGACCAGGCCUUGGCGUGGCACCUUCGGGACAAUAUUUCCCGCGGUUAUAACUUCUUGCAAAUGAAUUGGCGCCCAGGGGAUAAAAUUUGCAUUUUCGGAUUCUCGAGAGGCGCAUACAUUGCCCGGGCUCUUGCUGGCAUGAUUCAGACAGUUGGCUUGCUUCCCGAAACAGUUCCGGAACAAGUGGAAUUUGCCUACGAAAUUUAUAGGACCCUCGGUCGUAAAUUUACAAUGUCCCAUCUAAGCCAUGAUUACAAACGGGACCUCUCUCGUCACGUCACGGUUGAUUUUCUUGGGGUUUGGGAUACCGUUACUUCGGUGGGGCUGCUCUUCCCACAAACACUGCCCUUCUCGCAGACGUCGGGAUCUUUCAAGGUAUUCCGUCAAGCAUUUGCCUUAGAUGAGCGAAGGAUGAAAUAUGCACCUUCACCUUACGCCCUACCAGUUGCAGAACAGACACUGGAGAACGGCUCCUGGAAGACAACUCAAGGUGGCAUUAGACUUGCCUCACCGAACUUCUCCCAUUGGGACAAUUUUCGUCAUUGGCACCUGGGCUUGCUCGGAUUCGCCGUUGACAUACUGAUGACACCCACCCACCUCUUUAUUGGGUGGCUGCCACUGGCGCUUCAGGGACUGAGAAGGGAAAUGCUAUUGAACCUAAAAACCGAAAAUAACAAAAGGCUCAUCCCAGCGAAAAGUAUGGUUCCUCAGGGAAGACCUCCUGAUGUCAAAGAGGUAUGGUUUGCUGGUGGACACGGCGAUGUAGGUGGAGGGAACUCAAAAGAUGUUGUCAAGACAAGGAAUCCGCACCCACAACCCCCCACGCUUGGAUAUAUGCCUGCCCUCUCAAAUAUUCCUCUACGAUGGAUGAUCCGUGAACUAUACGAGGCCGAUCAGAGGUAUAAUUUGAAUAUUCGAUGGAGGCCGGUCCAGCUAGCACGAUAUGGAAUUUAUUUGCCACCCCUUCCCCUUACUAAUGAUCCCCCCAACAAUAUAUCCUCAUCAUCGACAUUGACCAUCGGGAAUCGGGUCAUUGAGCCUUAUCCUAGCCUUGAAACAUACCCUCCGCAAAUCGUUCACUAUGAGUCUACACCGGAUAUAGACGAGGCACGAGAGAACGAUCGGCGGCGCGCAAAAUUCACUCGGUGCCUUUUGUACAAGUCUGAUGUCUUGAUCGACCUUGACUACCAUGAAGCGGAUCUGGCGGCCCCAAUGACCGACCGAAUCUGGAUGUGGGAGCAGAUAUGGAAGUAUGAUGGGAUGCAAGAAUGGGAGAAUAGAUUCCCAUCUGCGAAGCAGGCAAUGGAAUGGAUUGGACAUAGUUCACAUAUAUUCGCUAGUAUGGUACUCUGGUGGUUCCUUGAGUUUUGGCCUUAUGUUAAGAUGGUUCGAAGCGGGGGUAAAUUUAGAUGGCAAACCAAAUUCGAGUAA